GGUGGGCCCAAAGGAGCACGCGGGACUGGCGAGCGACCGCUAUCGAGACGUCAACAUGAGCCCCACAGGUGAGGCCCCGACGGGCGGCGGCGUGUGCCCGGCAAACCGCCUGCGAUGGGACCUGAGCGCCGAGCAGAUCCGCCGGAUGGCCGACGAGCUGAUGGCCGACACCAAGAAGGUUUACGACGACGUGGGCGCCCUGGACCUGGACGCCGUCACCUUCCACAACACCAUCAAGGCGCUGGCCGACCUGGAGGUGGACUACACGGUGCAGCGAAACGCGCUGGACUUCCCGCAGCACGUUUCUCCCCGCAAGGACGUGCGAGAGGCCAGCACGCAAGCCGACAAGCGUUUGUCCGAGUUUGACGUGGAGAUGAGCAUGAGGGAGGACGUCUACCUGAGGAUUGUGGCUCUGCAGAAGAAGCUGGAGUGCGGCGGCGGCGGCGGCCUGCCGGCCGAGUCGCGGCGCUACAUGGAGCGCCUGCUCAAGUUGGGCCAACGGAACGGGCUGCACCUCCCCAAGGCCACGCAAGAGGAGAUCAAGCGCAUCAAGAAGACGUUGAGUAACUUGUGCAUCGACUUCAACAAGAACUUGAACGAGGACACCACCAGUCUGACCUUCAGCAGGGAGCAACUGGGCGGCCUGCCGGAAGACUUCCUGAGCUCGCUGGACAAAGACGGGGAGCGACUGAAGGUGACCCUGAAGUACCCGCACUACUUCCCCGCCAUGAAGAAGUGCUUUGUGCCGGAGACCCGCAGGAAGCUGGAGGAGGCCUUCAACUCGCGCUGCAAGGAGGAGAACUCGGCCAUCCUGAGGGAGAUGGUGGAACUGCGAGCUCGCAAGAGUUCCCUCCUGGGCUUCGGCACCCACGCCGACUUUGUGCUGGAGAUGAACAUGGCCAAGUCGGCCAAGCGGGUGGCCGCCUUCCUGGAGGAGCUGUACCGCAAGCUGAAGCCUUUGGGCGAGGACGAGCGCUCGCUCAUCCUGAAGCUGAAGGAGGAGGAGUGCCGCAAACGGGCGCUGCCCUUCGACGGGCAGCUUCACGCCUGGGACACGCGCUACUUCAUGACGCAGGUGGAGGAGAGCCGCUACGCGGUGGACCAGAACCUCCUGAAGGAGUACUUCCCCAUGGACGUGGUGACCCGGGGCCUCCUGGACAUCUACCAGGAGCUGCUGGGCCUGAGCUUCGAGCUGCUGGACGGCGCCCCCGUGUGGCACCCCGACGUCAAGGUCUACUCGGUCAAGGACCUGGCCCGGGGCCAGCUGCUGGGCCAGUUCUACCUGGACCUCCACCCCAGGGAGGGCAAGUACGGCCACGCGGCCUGUUUCGGCCUCCAGCCGGGCUGCCUCCUGCCCGACGGCCGGCGCCAGAUGUCGGUGGCCGCCAUGGUGGCCAACUUCAGCAAGGCCACGGUCGCCGCGCCCUCGCUGCUGCAGCACGACGAGGUGGAGACCUACUUCCACGAGUUUGGACACGUCAUGCAUCAGCUGUGCGCGCAGGCGGACUACGCCAUGUUCAGCGGCACCCACGUGGAGCGAGACUUUGUGGAGGCGCCGUCUCAGAUGCUGGAGAACUGGGUGUGGGAGAAGGAACCCCUGCGCAGGAUGUCGCGACACUUCCAGACGCAGGAGCCCAUCCCCGAGGAGCUCCUGGACAAACUCAUCAAGUCUCGCCUGGCCAACACAGGACUCUUCAACCUGCGGCAGAUCGUUUUGGCCAAGGUGGAUCAGGCGCUGCACACCCGCGGCGGCCUGGACCCCGCCGACGAGUACGCGCGACUCUGCCGGGAAGUGCUCGGCAUUCCCGCUUCGCCCGGCACCAACAUGCCGGCGACGUUCGGCCAUUUGUCCGACGGCUACGACGCGCAGUACUACGGCUACCUGUGGAGCGAGGUCUUCUCCAUGGACAUGUUCUACGCGCGCUUUAAACAGGAAGGAAUCAUGAACCCCAAGGUGGGCCUGGACUACCGCAAAUGCAUCCUGGGUCCCGGCGGCUCGGCGGACGCGUCGGACAUGUUGAGGAAGUUCCUCGGCCGCGAACCCAAACAAGAAGCUUUCCUCAUCAGCAAAGGGCUGCCUCUGGACCUGCAGCCCGCAAGGCCGUGCCCGUGCUGAGCCCAACGCCGACGACGACCGCAAAUAAAAUCCGACUCAAGUCCUUUGGCAGAACCUCCGCUGUGUGUGUGCGUGCGCGUGCGUGUUCUUUGCUGUGCCUCGGCCGCCCUCCC